AUGCACAACUUUUUUGAAGUGUUUCCUGAGAUUUGUCACCUCGAGAUUGAGGGCGCACGGGAACACACGAAACCAGAAAAAAGGCCAAACCCUCAAAAAAAAAAAAGGCCAAACAGUGGGCGCCGCCCGCCGCCCACGGCACCCACCAGAAAAACCGCUCGUUAUCGUUCCACCACGAGACCACCCGGCCCCCUUCGCCGUCUCCCCGUCGCGCUCGCCGCCGGCCGGAUACAUCCAAUCCAAGCGCCGCCCGCGCGCCCCUGCUCCGACCCAAUGGCGUGGGGCGCGCCCGCGCGGGCGCAGUCGUCGCGGGUGCAGGCGCUCUACGACCUCUGCAGGCGCACCUUCCCCUCCCCCUCCUCCGCCGCGUCCCCGCCCGCCCCUCCGCCGGCCAGCGCCGUCCGGGCCAUAUCCUCCCUCAUGGACACCAUCAGCCCCGCGGACGUCGGGCUCAGGGACGACAGCCUCGGGGACGGCGGCGGCGGGCACGGGUUCUUCGACUCCACCUUCGUCAAGGGCGCGGCCAGGGCGGCCAGGUGGGCGCAGCCCAUCACCUACCUGCACGUCUACGAGUGCGACGCCUUCUCUAUUGGAAUAUUCUGCUUGCCAACUUCAGCCGUCAUUCCUCUCCAUGAUCAUCCAGGAAUGACUGUAUUGAGCAAAAUCCUGUAUGGUUCGAUGCAUGUGAAAUCAUAUGACUGGGUAGAGCCUACUGUUCUAGCGAGUAAUCGACAAGUGAAGCUGGCCAAGUUACAUGCAGAUGAUGUUCUUACUGCUCCAUGUCCAACUACCGUUUUGUAUCCCCAAAGUGGCGGGAACCUACACUCCUUCACUUCAGUUGCCUCUUGUGCUGUUCUUGAUGUACUUGCCCCACCAUACGCUGAAGAUGCUGGUCGAAUUUGCACCUAUUUUAAUGAUUAUCCGUUUUCUAGCUUCUCCAGUGGCCGCGCAAAGACAGUCGAUAGCCCAGAUAACUAUGCCUGGAUUGAAGCCAUAAACUCACCUGUGUACAUUAACAUGCGCCCUGGCAUGUAUACUGGCCCAACUGUACAGGACCGCCUAUCAUAA